AUGAGCCGCCGGUCCGACUCUAAUAACGACAAAAGUAUUAAAUACAACGACAAAGAUUACAGAGAAAACAACGAUCUUUAUAAUAGGCAACAUAACAGAAACGUUUCAUCAGAUACUGUCGAGUCAUCAACCUUCUCUUCAGAUAGCGACGAUAGUGAUAAAAACGAAAGAAAAGGAAAAAAAGGUAGUGACGGCAUUAUAAAAAUUAAAAAAGUUAAAGUAAACACAGCAGCUGAAAACACCCAAUUAAAAAGAGUAAAAAGAAAUUUAAUAGUUCUAGAUGUAGUUAUGGUUAAAAAUACGUUAGCAUCAUCAGCAUCAAACAGCAAUAUAACACAGGUGAUAUAUUCACCACCCACUAACGACACUUCUUCUGAUCCAGUAGCAAAACAGUUAGAGAUCAAAAUAAGAUCAGUAGUGUGUAUGUCUAUGUUAGCGGGAUUGCCACCAAAACAAUUCCCGUGCGAGUUUUGUACCGAAGAUUUUGAACCGGCAUUCAACAAUGUUACCUCAUUCUGUGUACUAAAAGGUAUCUGGGCCAACUCAAAUAACGCGACAUCAUUAGAACAAAAUUUGAAAUGGAUGGGCGAUUCUAAUUAUUGCGAAUGGAUCGGUGUGACUUGUGGUCCUAACAGUCAGAAUAUAAUUGGUUUGGAUAUCCGGUUUCCAAACACUCCUAAAGUACUGCUUAAUGAUAUUGGAAAGUUAACAAGUUUGCAAACAUUGUCGAUAUCUGGCGACGCAAAAAUUCCAAGUGGUGUCAUUCCCCCAAGUAUAUUCCAAUUGGAAGCCUUAAAUACUCUUAGAAUAGAAUCAACUCUGUUGAGUGGACCUGUGCCAGAUACAUUUGAUAAAAUGACUUCUCUAACAACUUUGCAACUUAUAAGAAAUGUCCAAUUAGGAGCUGUGCCUAAAUCAAUAGGAACUCUUUCAUUGACAACGCUGGCGAUAUCACAACAAGGUCUUACAGGAGCAAUACCUGAUUUUAUUGGUCAAAGUGAAACAUUACAAGCAAACUUACAAAAUUUGGACUUGAGCAUCAAUCAAUUAACCGGAAAUAUCCCCGAGUCAUUGAUGCAGCUGAAGGCACUGAAGACGUUAAACCUUAACACUAAUUUAUUAUCAGGUGACAUCCCAGCAACAUUGGCUCAAUCUAAUUUUCAAAAUACCCUUACUGUCCUUGAUCUCGGUGCCAAUGCAUUCCAAAAUAAAAUACCAGAUUCCAUUUCAACAAUAAAAAACUUAUUGACCUUGUCAUUAGGAAAAAAUAGUUUGAAUGGGCAAAUACCAGCAUCAUUAGUCAAAUUAGUCAAGUUAAGUGAUUUGGUCCUAAAUGAUAAUCAGUUGACCGGUAAUAUUCCCGAUGGAAUAGGAGGCCUUAAUAUAGUAAACUUGAUUUUAACAAAUAAUACUAUGACAGGAGUUGUUCCUACUUCUGUAUGUCAAAGACAGUACACGACAUGUGACCUUACUUUAACAGGUUUAACAUCACCUGUUAAAUGUGCUGUUUGGUUUAGGGUGCAAUCGGUCAAUGUAAUCAAUCAACUCGGGAAUUCUCGAAAUUUACAAACUUCAUGUAAUGCAAAACUCGAAGUGGGCUUUCUUGCUUCAAAAUCCGACAAAAAAGCCAGGCACUGCAUUAGUAUUACAGCAAUAAUAGAACUUGACGGUCGUCGUUUUGUUUGUCUGGACCUAUCCACAGGAUUCGUUGACCCUGAAAGCCCUUAUUGGGUUCGCAAUGGAUCUAUGCUCAACCACCCAGAUGCGCUCGGAUCAAUCAUGGCAUGGUUGUUACAACAUGAUUUGAAAAUUUUAAUCCGCAAAAGAUUCCCUAAACACGAUUAUGAAGCGAAUUCUCAACUUUCCUCACCAAUUCGUUUCUUAAUAGAAGAUGCAUCAGAAUAG